AGAGAGAGGGGAGGGAGGGCGUGACAAACUUGAUGAGAGAGAGGGUGCGGGGAGGGGGGUGGGACCAGAGGGAGGGAGGGGCAGCCAUCAUCUGCUCCUCGUGACGCGCGCCGCGCAUCGCUGCCGAGCCGCUCCGCUGCUGCCGCUUUCUCUCACUUGAACUCUUCCGCCUCCUCCCCCCCACUCGGCCACUCCCCCCCGCGCCGCUCUCGCCACUCCUCGCCGCCGCACCGGCCAAAACCCUAGCGAAUCCUCGCCCUCGCCCCGCCGCGCUCGCCCAGGCGGGAGCACCGCCGGUUCGCGUGCCGCAGCAGCAGCCUCCCGCGGCCCCGCUUGCUUCAGCUGCAGGCCGUCCGGACUCCGUGAUGCGGGUUCUUCACCCGGGGAAGCUGCGUCUCCGGUCACCGGACGCCAGGCACCCGCCGGUCCUGACUUGAAAUGCAGCAGCCGUUGUGCGGCCUCCCGCCCAGAUGAAGGUGCGGCGCCCGGAGCAGGAGACUGCCAAGGGGAUGGCUGCUACGGGGUGCUCGGAGAUAGUCGAACUGGUGGACGAGCCCAAAGGUGCGUGCCCGGGGGGGGUCACCCACCUGAGGGUGAGGGUCAAGCCGGUGGGGCAGGAGCAUGGGGCGCGGUCGUGCGCGGUGGAGGAUGAUCUCGACCGGCUCAUCAGGUCGAUCAACGUGCGCACCUCGGCGAGGGCGUCUGGGCAGACGAGCACGGAUAGGAGGCUUAUCGCGCUCGGGAAGUCGCCGGUGUCGAGCUCGGAGAUUGUGGAGUCCGUCAGCCUCAAGCAGGCCCUGCGCAAGAUGUGCAUCUCCCAGGCGUCGGAGAUGGCUGCCAUGAAGAGGCUGUCCAAGCCGUCAGGGGUGUCGACGCCCCCAGAUUCUGGAGCUAUCAAGAAGCUAUAUGGAUCGGCUGCGGUUCAGGCCAAAGAGGAGAAAGAUGAAAAGAAUAAGGUUGCGAAAGUUUCUGUGCUGCCAGAGAAGGCUGCAGGGAGUUUGUCGGGUAAGCCAGUUGAAACCAGUACGGAACAGAGCAAGAGCUCGACCAAGAAGAGUUCGCGAUCAGCAUCUCCAACCACAGUCAAGAUCCAUAAAACCAGGAUCCAAGAUGUGAUCAGUAAUAAAUCAUCAGAGGCAGUUGAUGAUCCUCCUGCAGGAACAACACUGGCAAAGCAGAGAAAGGGAAAAUCUGCAAAAGCAUCUAGCCCCCGGGCUGUUCCAGUAGGUGGUUCACGGCUGGUGAAGCCAUUGUUUCGGAAUAAAACCUCAACGAAAAAGAAGGUUAAACCCGAACCAGCUGCUGUGGCCACAGCACACAAGCAUUAUGAGGCAAAAGGUUCUAAUUCUCCCACUGGUAAACAGGAGGCCCUUCAGGAUGAUCCCAGAACCCCAGCACCAACUAACAAGAAGGCUGCUAUCAGCUCUACAUGCGUUGAAGGAGCUGAUUUUGGCACCAAAAGUUGUGGUGUUGGUGCAAUCCAUGGCUCAAAGGUCGGUGAGUUGUCAAGAUCGAAGGAAAAGGGUGAAUGCUCCCAAAGCUCGAAGAGUAGCAUUGGUGACUAUAGCACCAGCACGAGCAUCAGUGAGGAUAGUUAUGGCAGUUUCAGUGCCAAUGGAAGCAGGCCUCACAUGUCAAAGGAUGUGAGAUGGGGAGCCAUCAGGCGUAUGGCUAUUCAACAAGGGAGCUUGGGAUUGGAGAACUUCAAGCUUCUCAAACAACUUGGUUGUGGGGAUAUUGGCACUGUUUAUUUGGCUGAGUUGGUGGGCUCUGACUGCAUGUUUGCAUUGAAGGUUAUGGACAUUGAGUACCUGAUAAGCAGAAAGAAGAUGCUCAGAGCACAAACUGAGAGGGAGAUACUGCAAAUGCUCGACCACCCAUUCCUUCCAACUCUGUAUUCUCAUUUUACGACAGACAACCUAUCUUGCCUGGUAAUGGAGUUUUGCCCAGGUGGUGACCUGCAUGUUCUUAGGCAGAAACAACCUACCAGAACCUUUUCAGAAGCAGCUGCAAGGUUCUAUGUCGCCGAAGUCCUCUUAGCCUUGGAGUACCUCCAUAUGUUGGGGGUCAUAUAUCGUGAUCUGAAGCCAGAGAACAUACUUGUUCGUGAAGAUGGGCACAUCAUGCUCUCAGACUUUGAUCUGUCUCUAAGGUGCUCAGUGAGUCCAAUGCUUGUGAGAACAUCAUCAGUAGGCAGAGAUGAGCCCACUAGGCCUUCUGGUCCCUGUGCACAAAGCUGCAUCGAUCCAUUAUGUAUCCAGCCAUCCUGGAACAAUUCAUCUUGCUUCACGCCCCGGCUGGUUUCAUCUACACCAUCAAGGACAUGGAAGCCUAGAGCUGAACCCCUGAAGAAACCAUCACUUCCACAGCUCGUUGUUGAGCCCACUGAUGCAAGAUCAAAUUCGUUUGUGGGGACCCAUGAAUACCUGGCCCCAGAGAUCAUUCGAGGAGAUGGCCAUGGCAGCUCGGUUGAUUGGUGGACUCUUGGCAUUUUCCUCUAUGAAUUACUCUACGGCAAGACACCAUUUAGGGGAACUGGUAACGAGGAGACACUCUCCAAUGUGAUAUCACAGGGCCUGAAGUUCCCUGAUAACCCAGCUGUCAGCUUCCACGCGCGAGAUCUGAUCAGAGGCCUGCUUAUAAAGGAGCCAGAGUAUCGGCUUGGCUCAUCGAGAGGAGCUGCUGAGAUCAAGCGGCACCCGUUCUUUGAAGGCCUGAACUGGGCCUUGAUCCGUUGGACCGCACCGCCAGAGACUCCAAAAGGCUUUGAUGCUGCUGUAGCAACCCUCGCAACGACACGCAAGAAAAAGGAAGGCAAGUGUCUGGAGUUUCGGUUGAACGGCGAUGACAUCGAGUUUGAGCUCUUUUAGAUUUGGCGAGAAUGGAGGUGUCAGAUGGCCGGUGUUCCUGGUGUUCACAGAGAGGGAAACAGACUUGCUCGUAAUUCAUGUUUUCUCUAGGGUUCUCUGUGACAGUUGGCAUGGGCAGUUGCCCUACACGUGUCCUUCGCGUAUGUUCUAGUAUCUGUACUCGUCCUUGUAGGUUUUCCUUACUGUUUAAUGCAGAUGAGUACUUAUAAAAAAAUAUCAAGGUAAGGUAGCUAGAAGUAGUCUGUAGUCUCUCUUCCCUGCAGUUUUCUGUUGAAAAUGAGUCAUCCUUCGCCAUUUGGGACGUUGGGAAGUACGGUAAGGUUGAUGUAAGCCUGUAACUUUAUGCCUUGUUAAUACCAUCAAAUAUUAGAAGACACGAUUUGGAAA